AUGACAACACAGUCCAAAUCCAAAGUGUCCUUAUUCAACGGAAGCUUUGACAUGCAAACUCCAGUGACGUCAUUAGUCACACCACACGUCACAGCGCGCCAUUUGCGUAUCAAUCCAAGAGAAUGGGUGGGGUAUAUUGCUCUCACAUUCGAUGUCAGCGGAUGUCAGAUAAGAAAACAGAACGAUGGGAGUAGUCGGUUUAAAAGGAAGCCAGUAUCCUUAACUGAGGAAAUGGUUUCCUUGCACACGGCAGUCACAGCCAUGUCAACAACCCUAACCAUGAAGGAUUGUGCCAUGAUUUGUCGUAACAAAACAACGUGUAUGGCCUUCACCUACCAGACCGCCAACGGAGUACAGUGGUGUACAGGUUACAGCGCCUGGAUCGUUGUACCGGGACGAAUCAUCUCCGACAUAGGCGUAUUCGUUAACCAAGGACGAGACUUCCGAUUUUACCUCGCCGGAGAGUACAGCUCUCAAACCUGGAGCUACAAUGGAGGAAAGGAUAUGAUCAACAGCGACAUCUGGUCUUCCGGAAAUCCUGAUCCAGGUCAAGGUCAUUGUGUCAUGUUGACUCAGACAGGACUGGCCAGUGUUGACUGUCAGCAACAACUCUUCUCAAUCUGUGAUGUCCUUCUUUGUUCGGACUACCUAGUCUCUGGUUUUCAUGGUGUCAACGACACUGCCAUGACUUCUUCGAGUAACUUUCGCCACUCAAUGCGUGACAAUAGUGCGUAUUGUGGCAGGCUUGACUACCCUGGAGAUGACACUUUAGCAAAGCCGAGAAUUGGAUGUUGGGUCGCUGGCAAAGAAAACACAAAGCAGUAUAUACAGGGAAGACAAAGGAUAUAUGAACAAUGGGUCAAAUCUUACUACCUACUGCACAGCAUGGACGGUGUAACGUGGACAACGGUGUCGUCACCUGAUGGAAAUCCAAAGUUAUUCAACGGAAGCUUUGACAUCCAAACUCCAGUGACGUCAUUAGUCACACCACACGUCACAGCUCGCCAUUUGCGAAUUAAUCCAAGAGAAUGGGAGUGGGUUAUUGCUCUCACAUUCGAUGUCAGCGGAUGUCAGAUUAGAAAACAGAACGAUGGGAGUAGUCGGUUUGAAAGGAAGCCGGUAUCCUUAACUGAGGAAAUGGUUUCUUUGCACACGGCAGUCACAGCCAUGUCAACAACCCUAACCAUGAAGGAUUGUGCCAUGAUUUGUCGUAACAAAACAACAUGCUUGUCAUUCACCUACCAGACCGCCAACGGAGUACAGUGGUGUACAGGUUACAGCGCCUGGAUCGUCGUACCGGGACGAAUCAUCUCCGACACAGGCGUAUUCGUUAACCAAGGUAUCAUUUCAUGA